AUGAAGGGCAUGGCCGUGGUCGAGUCGUAUGCCGACUUGGCUGGCACCGCACCUGCCAAGUUGACCAAGUCACGCAGCAAGGCUGUCGUCAAACCCAUCCUCAAGAAGGUGGGCUCUCAGUCGGCGAAGAGCUCUCUUGACAUUGACCGCACCUGGGAGGAGCAAAUACACUAUGGCAGCCACGGUUGGGGCGGGGGUGCCGGCCGUGAGCGUGAUGUGAGCUUCACCACAUCAACCACCGAGCUCGACAACAGCAGCUACGCCAACACCAGCAGCGCGAAUACGCGAUCCAAGUACUCGCAUGCCCGGUCCACGAGCGGUGCCUCACACGCAAGCAUCGCCACGAGUAGCGGCAGCGGGCCCGGAGGCUAUCGCAGCGGCAGCUUUGUUCACCCCUUUCAGCAGACCCCGCGGACCUCGACGCCGCCCCUCUCUUACGCCAACUCUCUCGCCAGCCUGGACCAGCCCACACAGCAGGGCAACAACAACCCUCGCGACUACUCACCGACGAUCACGGAGGAUGAGGACCUGGACUUCGACCCCAGCUACAGCUAUAACCACCCUACCAAUGGCCUUCAGCCUCAGUCGCGCUCGCUCUCGCAAAAUAACCUUAACAUCUACGCCGCCAAUACCAACACCGCCGCCAACACGAGCAACAGUAGCCCCAGACGCCCCUCGCUCGCCAGCCAGCGCACAUCCUCCCUCUCCGACGUCAACCAGAACCCCCUCCGCAUCAACACCUCGAACCGCUCCACCUCCGCAUCGGGAGGGUCUCGCCUGGCCAAUGUCUCGAGCACCUCUGAUCUCAACCUUCUCUCCGAGUCCUACGACUCGCCCGGCGCAUUGUCCCUAGCUACUUCGCCGCCUUCUAGCAGCACGCCCGCCUUCUCUCCUCACUCGUUUACAGCGACCUCUCCCAUCUCACUCUCCACAUCAGCCUCUGCCAUGGGUUUACGUACUUCGCUCGAGGGCUUUCGCUUACGCUCUCGCUCUGAGCUUGGCUCGGAUUAUCAUCAGGAGCGCAUUCGCAUCGAGCGUCAAAAAUGGCAAGACAAGGAGCGUGCGAAGCAGCAGAAACGCGAUGAGAAGGAGCAAAAACGACGCGCGCGCGGCGACCAUCACCGCACCGAGUCAGACGCCCGGGAUCAGCAGGUAGAGGCCGCUGCCGAGGCUCUCAUCAAGGCUCGUGCCGCCGCUCUCGACGACGGACUUGACGACCAUACUUUCAUCCGCAGUGAUACUGCUGUUGCGUCCACCUAUGCCGAUGCUAGCUUUGCCGAGUUCAAGGAGCUCCCACGCAGAGCCCGGUCUUCAGAGGAACGUCGGCGCACGAGGAAGAAGACUGCCGCUGCUUCUCAUGGCGCGAGCUUGUCCCCUGUCACGAGCCAGCAUGCCAUGUCGGAGAAGAGCGUGCCCACGUUUGCAACCCGUGGUUAUGCGAGCGUCGCGGCACAGGGUGUGGCAUUUGAAACGCCACCGCGUGGCCGCACUGCUAAACGCAAGACCCAAAGCGCGUGGACAACCUUUACCUUGUGGUUCAAGUCGCUACUGCUCAAAUCGAAGCGUCAGUAGCUUCUUAGCCUGGAGAUGAGCGUCCGGACACAACGCAGACGGAGUUUUCCAUAUGAACGUACGGGCUAUCCAACUGCGAUGCACAGAACGGGUUCAUCGAAACAGAUGACAAAAAGGCUUUUUUCUCUGGCGCUAGAAAAAAGAACAAACAACAUACACGACCAUAUCUUUCGCUUCGCCACUAUACCCCUUUCUCACAUCAGCAGUCCAACUUCGGCCAACUUUCUCUUGGUAGAGGCUACCAGUUUCGUUUGCAAGCUGAGGGCUGCCGUUCUCUUUUUGAUUCUAUCUCGUCAGGAUCUUGAUCAUUUGAUUUUUUAUGCAGGGCGUUAGGUUAUUUGGGGAUUGGGGUUCGGGCCUCUUUGUAUCUUGGCAUCAUCCCCAGCAAGGGGCCAAACGGACGGGCCACGGGUGCAUUGCGGGAGACAUUCAUGCCAGGGAAACAUUUUGGCUCUCGAAGGACGAUCUGGAGUUGGUGGGUUUUGUGGUUAUUCUAGAGCGUUGGCUUUGAACGGAAGUUAUGGAUAGAUAGCCCUUUGAGGACAAUGAACAGACAAUCUGCCUUCCUACCUUCUG